UAUGUUUGCAAUCAUCCUCUUUUUUGCUUCUUCUUCAACUUCAGAAAAACCUCCAUAUUCCACAUUUGCAAGAGACGCCACACAAGCUCCGGCGGAGACAUCCUACGACUACAUAGUAAUCGGCGGUGGAACAACCGGUUGUGCAUUGGCGGCAACGCUUUCACAAGCCUCAAAAGUUCUAGUGCUCGAAAGAGGUGAUUUACCGUACGCCAUUCCCUCCGUCAACACCAUUAAUGGCUUUUUAGAAACUCUAGCCGACCUAGGUUCCACGUCGGCCUCUCAAACAUUUGUGUCCACUGACGGAGUGAUUAAUCACAGGGCCCGCGUUCUGGGCGGUGGGUCCGCCCUGAACGCGGGCUUUUUUACUUGGGCAAGUGAUAACUUUGUCAAUGUAGCCGGGUGGGACCCUCAGCUAGUGAAGGAAUCCUACGAGUGGGUUGGAAAGAAAGUGGCGUUUGAGCCCAAGGUGUUGGCAUGGCAAGCCGCGGUCAAAGAAGGGUUGUUGGAGGCCGGGGUGUUGCCGGAUAAUGGGUUUACUUAUGAACAUAUAUACGGAACUAAAGUUGGCGGUAGCAUUUUCGACCACAACGGGAGGAGACACACGGCUGCCGAUUUGUUAGAGUAUGCUGAGCCAAGCAACAUUACCGUAUACUUGAAUGCUACCGUGCACCAAAUAUUAUUCGAACCCAAUGAGCUAAGGGCCCGAGGAGUAAUGUACACGGAUAUGAAAGGUGACAAGCAUAUGGCAAUUUUAAACAAAGGGUCAUUGAUGAACGAAGUUAUAUUAUCAGCAGGCACACUUGGGAGCCCACAAUUGCUAAUGUUGAGUGGUAUUGGGCCUGCUGAACAUUUAAUGGGCCAUGGAAUUAAGGUGUUAUUGGACCAACCCAUGGUUGGGCAGGGCUUAUCUGAUAACCCAAUGAAUAUAGUAUUAGUCCCUUCACAUGAGCAAGUAGAGAUUUCAUUGAUUGAGGUUGUGGGUAUUACCCGAUUCGGGAGCUUCAUUGAAGCCGCUAGUACCAAUAUUAGUUUGCCAUUGCUCCAAAAAAUUGGAUUUCUUUCUAAAGAGGUAGGUAUAAAAGUUAAAAACAUCCAAAAUUUAGUCAAAUCCAUCAUCGGGAAACGCUUUAACUUGAAUUUUUCGAAACUUAACGGUGGAUUGAUCCUUGAAAAGGUGAGGGGCCCACUCUCUUCUGGAAGUCUCGAGCUCGUGACAACAAAUCCGGAUGAAAAUCCUAAAGUCACGUUUAACUACUUUAAAGACCCUGGAGACCUUCAAACAUGUGUUGAGGGCUUGGAAACCAUUGUAAAGGUGUUGGAAUCGAAAUCAUUGUCAAAAUUUCGUGAUCCUUUGUUAUCGGUUCAAGAUUUGUUUGCUUUGGUGGUCGCUUUGCCUUUGAAUUUGAGACCUAGGCAUGUGAAUGCUCCGUUUGACCUAGAGCAAUAUUGCAAAGACACAGUGAUGACCAUAUGGCAUUACCAUGGAGGGUGUCAGGUUGAUAAAGUUGUUGAUCACAACUAUAAAGUUAUUGGUGUUUCUGCACUACGUAUCAUUGAUAGUUCAACCCUUUUGAAUUCCCCUGGAACAAAUCCUCAAGCUACUACGAUGAUGCUCGGAAGGUACAUGGGGAUAAAAAUGCUACGAGAAAGAUCCACAAUUCAAAAGAUGUAGGAUACAUGCUUGGGAAAACACAGAAGUUUGCGUUUUAUAAAAAAUAUUUAUAUAAAUGAAAUAAAGUUG